AUGGUUGUAGGCUUUGUCGCCGCCGCGCGCUUUAGAGUGCAGUUUGUGCAGAAUCUGCCGUUUGUCAGACAUUUAGCUGUUACACUAAUGGAUGUGCCCAAAACUGAAGUUAGCAUUGAGCCAUUCACAAAGAAACUGUCCAAUGUCCUUGACCUGCCGGUAAUCCAGAAGUUUGUAAAGGUGGAUGUCACCGCUGCAUGUGUCCGAUACAUCGCGCCCAAGUCACUCACGAUCAACUUUGCCCAGAUGCUCACGGGUGACGACGACUCGAACGGGAAGAGCAAUUUGUACAUCGUGCUCGCGUAUGCCAAGUUCGGCAAGCCUCUCCACGCCACGCACAUCAUUCAGAGCGACCUGAACCCUGUCAAGGGCGAGGAGAACCUGAGCGUGAUGCUCUGGGACUCGGACAAGCACUCAGCAGACAACCUCAUCGGACGUGUGACGGUUCUGGUUGUGAAGCUGAUGAAGGACAAGGAGGAAAGCCCAAACAUCCUGUCUGUUGCCAAGGAGAAGCACGAACAGGUGCAGAAGAAGCAUACCGUCGCCGGCUCUCAGGAAGAGACUGAUGCGCUCAGGACGCCUCCAGAUCUGAACAUUCCUAGAGGUGUUCUUAGCGUAGUUAUUCACCAGAUCAAUAAUCGAAGGAUAUCAAAGGUGUUUCUGGCAGGUGUGAAGAUUGGCAUAUUCCACACAAGUUAA